GUUAUUCAUGCAUGUCUUUACACAGACUACUCUAAAAUGCUUAAAAGAGAUGAAUAACAAAAAGAGGAAACAGACAGAAUUCUGUCCACACCACACCAGAUGAAGGUGAAGAAAAUGAAAGAAUAGAUGAGACCGAGAACCACGAAAGAUGCAAGUCAACACACACCCACACACUGAUGGUCGCUGUGUCUGUUCCUGGUGCUCACAUGGUGUAUGUAUAUCUGCUGUACGUACUACAGAUGAGUUACACUGAAGUCUGCAGUAGUGUGCUGGGGUUCUUUGAAUAAGGAGCCAUCAUGACCUCCAAUAAGAACCUUAAAGCACCUUUGAAGCAGCAGAGAAGCCUGGACAUACUAGACGGAUAUCAGAAGAAGAAAAGCAUGCUGUGGCGACAAUGUUCUUUCAACAAUGGCAAAAAUUCGAACAGUGAAGAGACCAAAGCCGGGACGUUAUCACGGGUACGCAGUCAGCUGAGCAGAACACACUCCACGUCUCUAGUGGAUUAUACUGAUCCUCAGAGAACAAUGAUUAUAUUGAAGAAACAAGACAAUGAAGCCUUUGGAUUUGAAAUUCAGACGUAUGGUCUGAAGGUCAAGAAUAGCAGUAUGGUGGAGAUGUGCACGUUUGUGUGCAGUGUGCAGGAUGGCAGCGCAGCAGAAGCUGCAGGUCUGACCACUGGUGACAUUAUUUUAUCAGUAAAUGGAGUCAGCAUUGAGGGAUCUACACAUCAGCACAUUAUUGAGUUGAUUCGAGAAUCCACUAACAUGCUGAAGUUGGAGACCGUCAGUGGGAGUGUAGUGAAGAGAAUUGAAUUAGAGAAAAAGAUGCGCUAUCUUAAGCAAACUCUUCGUGAGAAAUGGGUGGAACUGCAAUCUCUAACGCUGCAGGAAAAGCGUCUUACACGAGGUAAUCUUAAUGAGAGCACUCAGCAUCUGUCUGUGGAUUCUCUGAUGUCUCUCUCAUCUCCCACGGGUCGCUCUGGCCAGCGAUUCUCCAGUGACAGCAGCUGUCGGAGCAUCAUGACAGACGACAGUGAGGAUGGAGCCUUCACGUCAUCUGUGUUCGAUGACUUGAGUCCUUUCAGCCCCACUGAAAACGCAGGCUUCUUUCAGCUGGAGUCAGGGCCAUCGAGAGCCCUGACCCGAACAAGCAGCAUCAGCUUUACCAGCAGUAACAGUUCACUGUCCCCGUGCUGGGACAAUUCAUCUUCAUCCGUGUUUGGAACACUGCCGAGGAGAGGCAGAAGAGGAAGCGUACGUAAGCACCUUCUGAAGUUUAUACCUGGACUGAAUCAUUCCGUAGAGGAAGAGGAGGCCUGUUGAAACAUCAUUUACACCACCAAUGACUGUUGAUUUGACUGACUCCUUUGUAAGGACAUUAGGCAGUAGAAGGUUCAUGCCAGUUUGAACUUGCACGGUGAAUGAUUUCAUAAACAUUUAUGAGUUUCCUGCUGUAGGUUUUGAGAGAAAAAAAAAGGAGUGGAGUGUCACGUGAGCAUUACAGACUGUCAUUUGUGCCAAUUUUUCUGGACAAAAAGCAUUAUCACUUCUCAAAGAUUCAGCACUGUAAUCAGUAACUGGCAUUAACAACCUUAAGAACGUUAAUGCCAAAAUUAACUGUGCAAACCGCUUCCGCUGCCCUAGUUCAGUGGUUUACACUUCAGUCCUGCAUUCUUCUGAACGUUAUAGUUCCCACUCGAGCUCUGAUGUAACUGACUAGUUCUCAUGGUUUGGUGUAGCAUGUGAAUGAGGUUUGCUGCUUCAGUGGAUGUAGCAUUAUUGUAAAGACACAAAAGUGCCCAAUCAGCAUUGUGCUCUUGAGCAAGACAGCAAACAUCAAAGGGAAAUAAUAGGUUGAUAAAUAUGUUAUUAAAGCCCCAACACUAUGAUUGUUAACUGUCCCGUAUUAGCUGGGUUGUCCAUAUUUUGGCCAAAAUGAAGACGUCUAUCAACUAUUGUUCCAUAUUAGCUAGGAAGUCACAAAUUUUUGCCAAAUAGAAAUGUAUCACCUAUUUCCAUGUUUUAAGUGGCUAAAUUAUUUAGGGGAUCUGACUUUGAAAAAUCCCGUUUGAAGCGACCAAAAUUCUCAAGCUUUUGGCAGCCAUACCCCCACUACCCUGAGCUUAAUACUGUGUCCUAACCAAACACAACAUGAUAAACCAACAAAAUAUUCAUAUAAAUCUUUUUUUGUGCUAAACAGACAAAACAUUUUGCCAGGUGCUUGGUUUCCAUUUCUGCAGUGUUGUGCUAGGUAGCUUUGCCCAACAAGCUCUAAAAUACCUGGAGAAGGCUAUCAAUUAUCAUUCCCAUUCAUUCCAAUGGUAUCUGCUCGGUUCCCCAUAUUAUGCAAAAUGGAGGCUGCAGUCUUUGCAACGGCAUCAAUGGCAGCAAAUAGGGGAAAAUGAACGCUCAAAAAGUCAAUUUCACGCUUUAAGAGCCCUUCAAAAUAAUGUGUCACUGGAAAAAAAUUACUAUAACGUAUUGUAAUAAUUGUGAUUUAAAUGUUUCUUGGGGGGAAAACAUGGCUACUUUUGAAUGGCUGUCAAUGGAGAACAUGCUCUUUGCCAUCAUAGUGUGUAGUUCCAGGUAGAGAUAUACUUCUGAUACUUUAUGUUGUUUCAAGAAUAUCGAUUCUUGCAUAAAUAUAAUGUAAUAAAUAUCCACUGCCACAGAUUUGCAAAAACAAUAAGGGGGUAUAUCAAACUUGAAUUGCUCUGAUGAUAGGAACAUUACUUAUUACAGAAUUUAUGUACAGGUUGGGGGCAUGAUUAAUUGCAUGCAUUCUUUAGUUUUUUUGUAGUUAUUUUUUAAUAUAAUUAAUUACGCUAAAUUAAUGCUUUAAAUCGACAGCCCUAAAAUGACCCAUUUUAUCCCAAAUAUUCCCCCAAAAAAGAAUCAAUUUAAUAGAUGUAUCAGUAUCGGUAUAGUUAUCGAUACUGGCCUUAAUAGUACUUUGUAUCAGAUCAAAAACAAAAAGUGGGGAUGCCCAUUCCUAUCAGCAGGGGCUAAAGGGGACCUGCUAACCAGCCAAUUCCUGACUCAUUGGUGUAAUAUUCUGCUCCACAUGACUGUAUAUUAAUAAAAUAAAAAACUUUUGUUCAAAUGGCUUUGAUUGUGCUGCAUCGUGCUAUAUUUUCAUUUUCAGUGUGGUCCGACAAAUUACUUGUUGCUGAAAACAUAUCACGUUGCACCUGGUUAGGAAGCCAUGUAACCUUAAACCAAACCCUAAAAUCUGACUGUUUAAUAGGAAUGUUGUUUCUGGGGGCAACAAUUACCUUCACCCCCCCAACACCCACCCCACUUCUAAACAUCAUUUGCUGUGCAAUAAAAUACCAUGUAUAGAACAGAGGCACUUUACACAAUUUAUCUUCUUAUUUCAAAUCUUUAAGAACUCACUUAACUGUGUUUAUCACAUUAUCUUAGAUCAAACCUGUUAAGCCACUGACUAUAAAACAGAACUGAUCAAAUUGCUGUAGUGAGAGGACAGAGAUCAGUCAGAGCUGAGAGUGUCAAGCUCUAAACCGCAGAGGUAGAGCACAAAACUUCAUAACAGGAUGUGGUGUGAGGUGCUGCUUUACCAACUAUUUUUUGCUUUCUUGAAUGAUCCCUUUAACGGAUAGUUUCACUUAAACCUGAAUGUAAAUAUACGAAUAGUACCUGCAACAGCACCUCUUAAAUGUGAAAAACAUUCAGUGUGUUCGGGGAUGUCAUUCAUGGUUUUUGCUUGUUUGUGUUGAUGCAGAUGGAAAUAAAAUAGGCAUGUGGAGGGAGAGAUUUUCUCAGAAAAUUUGUCUUCCAGUUGUUGCUGCAAGUCACCAGCACAUAACACAGUGCAGGGGUUUGACACAGACUCUGCUCCUGGUUCAUUUCUCCUCUUUAUGUUUCAUUUGAAUCCUUUUGUUGUGAUAAAAUAAACAG